CGAGUCCAUUUUGCGGCGGUGUCGGGCGCUUACCGCGCGAUCUUCCGAGCUGGAAGACCCGAGGCCUUGCAGCUGCAGGCCUUGCCGGAGCAGCCUCUAGUUUUUUAUUGUCAGUUGAAACGUGGAAAAACAAAACCCUGAUUGCUUUGCCCUGGGUAAUAGUAACUCUACGGUAAACACCUGCUUGCAGGGACAGAGGAUGUGAUGGAGCUGCUUGAAGAAGAUCUCACGUGUCCAAUUUGUUGCAGUCUGUUUGAUGAUCCUCGAGUUUUGCCUUGUUCACACAACUUCUGCAAAAAAUGCUUAGAAGGUCUCUUAGAGGGGAAUGUGCGGAAUUCGUUGUGGAGACCAUCUCCAUUCAAGUGCCCUACAUGCCGGAAGGAAACCUCAGCUACUGGAGUUAAUAGCCUGCAGGUUAAUUACUCCCUGAAAGGUAUUGUGGAGAAAUACAACAAAAUCAAGGUCUCUCCCAAAAUGCCAGUGUGCAAAGGACACUUGGGGCAGCCUCUAAACAUUUUCUGCCUAACUGAUAUGCAGCUAAUUUGUGGGAUCUGUGCUACUCGAGGUGACCACACCAAGCAUGUCUUCUGUUCUAUUGAAGAUGCCUAUGCUCAGGAAAGGGAUGCCUUUGAGACUCUCUUCCAGAGUUUUGAGACCUGGCGCCGGGGAGAUGCUCUUUCUCGUUUGGAUACCUUGGAAACCAGUAAGAGGAAAUCCCUGCAGUUACUGACUAAAGAUUCAGAUAAAGUGAAGGAAUUUUUUGAGAAGUUACAACACACAUUGGAUCAAAAGAAGAAUGAAAUCCUGUCUGACUUUGAGACCAUGAAACUUGCAGUAAUGCAAGCUUAUGACCCAGAGAUCAACAAACUCAAUACCAUCUUGCAGGAGCAACGAAUGGCUUUUAAUAUUGCUGAGGCUUUCAAAGAUGUGUCAGAACCCAUUGUAUUUCUGCAACAGAUGCAGGAAUUCAGGGAGAAAAUCAAAGUAAUCAAGGAAACUCCUUUACCUCCCUCUACUUUGCCCACAAGCCCUUUAAUGAAGAACUUUGAUACCAGUCAAUGGGAGGACAUAAAACUAGUAGAUGUGGAUAAACUUUCUUUGCCUCAAGAUACUGGCACAUUCAUAAGCAAGAUUCCUUGGAGAUUCUAUCAGUUAUUUGUGGUACUCCUUCUACUUGGCCUCCUUAUUUUCCUUAUUUUCUUUGGUCCUACUGUAUUCCUAGAAUGGUCUGUAUUUGAUGAACUGGCAAUUUGGAAAGACCAUCUUUCGAAUUUCAGUUUUUAUCUGACUAAAUCAGCUGAUUUUGUAGAACAAUCAGUUUUUUACUGGGAACAAGUGACAAAUGGGUUUUUCAUUUUCAGUGAAACAGUCAACAAUUUUACUUUGAUGGUGCUAAAUAAUGUGGCCGAAUUUGUGUGCAAAUAUAAACUAUUAUAAAAUCUUCCAA